GCGGAAUCUAUCUGUGUACUGAGGUGUCCUACGCGCUUGGACAGAGGACCUGGCUCGGCCUUGAGCCACGUGGUUUCCUGCGCGGUCCUGUUGUCCACUCUGCGGCCUGCCCAGCGCUGGCCAGCGCUGCUCUCUGCCGUCCCCUGUGGAGACUUCCCCGCUGCGCCCCGCGCCUGAGGAGGAGCUGCAGACCCGGCGGCAUGUCACCACCGCAGCAAGAGCGCAUGUCCUUGGCAGGCAUGAAGAAAACCGUGCAGGAUGAGAUCGAAGCCGUUCUGCAGGAGAGGAUCAUGGUGCUGGAUGGAGGGAUGGGAACCAUGAUCCAGCGGCACAAGCUGAGUGAAGAAGGCUUCCGAGGUCAGGAGUUUAAGGAUCACACCAGGCCACUGAAAGGCAACAAUGACAUUCUAAGUAUAACUCAACCUGAUGUCAUUUAUCAAAUCCAUAAGGAAUACUUGCUGGCUGGGGCAGACAUCAUCGAAACAAACACUUUCAGCAGCACUAACGUCGCCCAAGCUGACUACGGCCUGGAACACGUGGUCUACCAGAUGAACAAGUGCUCUGCGGGAGUGGCCAGAAAAGCAGCUGAGGAGAUAACUCUCCAGACAGGGAUUAAGAGGUUUGUGGCAGGAGCUCUGGGUCCAACUAAUAAGACCCUCUCUGUGUCCCCGUCUGUGGAAAGACCAGAUUACAGGAACAUCACUUUUGAUGAGCUCGUUGAUGCGUACAAAGAGCAGGCCCGAGGGCUUCUCGACGGCGGGGUGGAUAUCUUGCUCAUCGAAACUAUUUUUGAUACGGCCAAUGCCAAGGCAGCCUUGUUUGCACUCCAGGACCUUUUUGAAGAGACGUAUGCUCCCCGGCCUAUAUUUAUUUCAGGGACAAUUGUUGAUAAAAGUGGGCGGACGCUUUCUGGACAGACAGGAGAGGCGUUUGUCAUCAGUGUGUCUCACGCUGACCCACUCUGCAUUGGAUUAAACUGUGCCCUGGGUGCAGCUGAAAUGAGACCUUUUAUUGAAACAGUUGGGAAAUGUACAACAGCCUUUGUCCUGUGCUAUCCCAAUGCAGGUCUUCCCAAUACCUUCGGUGACUAUGAUGAAACUCCACAUGUGAUGGCCAUGCACUUAAAGGACUUUGCUAUGGAUGGUUUGGUCAACAUCGUUGGUGGAUGCUGCGGCACGACACCAGAUCACAUCAGGGAAAUUGCUAAAGCUGUGAAAAACUAUAAGCCUCGCGUUCCACCUGCCACUGUUUAUGAAAGGCAUAUGUUGUUGUCGGGUCUAGAGCCCUUCAGGAUUGGACCCUAUACCAACUUUGUUAACAUCGGAGAACGCUGUAACGUGGCAGGAUCCCGGAAGUUUGCUAAACUCAUCAUGGCAGGAGACUAUGAAGAAGCACUGGGUGUUGCCAAAGAGCAGGUGGAAAUGGGGGCCCAGGUGCUGGAUAUCAACAUGGAUGACGGCAUGCUAGACGGCCCAACUGCGAUGACCAGGUUUUGCAACCUCAUUGCUUCUGAGCCGGACAUUGCCAAGGUGCCCUUGUGCAUUGAUUCUUCCAAUUUCGCUGUGAUUGAAGCCGGCCUGAAGUGCUGCCAGGGCAAGUGCAUCGUCAACAGCAUCAGUCUGAAAGAGGGGGAGGAGGACUUCCUGGAGAAAGCCAGGAGGAUCAAGAAGUUUGGUGCAGCCGUGGUCGUCAUGGCUUUUGAUGAGGAAGGACAGGCGACAGAAACAGACAUGAAAAUCACAGUGUGCACCCGGGCCUACCAUCUGCUUGUGAAAAAACUGGGCUUUAAUCCAAAUGACAUCAUAUUUGACCCUAACAUCCUAACCAUUGGUACUGGGAUGGAAGAACACAACUUGUAUGCUGUUAAUUUUAUCAAUGCAACAAAGGUCAUUAAAGAAACAUUACCUGGAGCCAAAAUAAGUGGCGGUCUCUCCAACUUGUCCUUCUCCUUCCGAGGAAUGGAUGCCAUUCGAGAAGCAAUGCAUGGGGUUUUCCUUUACCAUGCAAUCAAGUGUGGUAUGGACAUGGGGAUCGUGAACGCUGGAAACCUCCCUGUGUACGAUGACAUCCACAAGGAGCUCCUCCAGCUCUGUGAAGACCUCAUCUGGAACAAGGACCCUGAGGCCACCGAGAAGCUCUUGCAUUACGCCCAGACUCACGGCAAAGGCGGGAAGAAGGUCCUCCAGACGGAUGAGUGGAGGCGCGGCCCCGUGGAGGAGCGCCUGGAGUAUGCCCUUGUGAAGGGCAUUGAAAAACAUAUUAUUGAGGAUACUGAGGAAGCCAGGUUAAACCAGGAAAAAUAUCCCCGACCUCUGAAUAUAAUUGAAGGACCUCUGAUGAAUGGCAUGAAAGUUGUCGGUGAUCUUUUUGGAGCUGGAAAAAUGUUUCUACCUCAGGUUAUAAAGUCAGCGCGGGUCAUGAAAAAGGCUGUUGGCCACCUUAUUCCCUUCAUGGAAAAAGAAAGAGAAGAAGCUAAAGUGCUCUCUGGCACAUUGGAGGAAGAGGACCCUUACCACGGCACCAUCGUGUUGGCCACUGUGAAGGGCGACGUGCACGACAUAGGCAAGAACAUAGUUGGAGUAGUUCUCAGCUGCAAUAAUUUCAGAGUUAUUGACUUAGGAGUCAUGACUCCCUGCGAUAAGAUACUGAAAGCGGCUCUUGACCACAAAGCAGAUAUCAUUGGCCUCUCAGGUCUCAUCACUCCUUCACUGGAUGAAAUGAUAUUUGUUGCCAAGGAAAUGGAGAGAUUAGGUAUAAAGGUCCCGCUGCUGAUUGGAGGGGCAACUACCUCGCGAACCCACACAGCAGUUAAAAUCGCCCCGAAGUACAGUGCGCCCGUGAUCCACGUCCUGGACGCGUCCAAGAGCGUGGUGGUGUGUUCUCAAUUAUUAGAUGAGAAUCAAAAAGACGAGUACUUCGAGGAGAUCACAGAAGAGUAUGAAGAUAUUAGACAGGACCACUAUGAGUCUCUCAAGGAGAGAAGAUACUUAACCUUGAGUCAAGCUAGAAAAAACAGUUUCCAUAUUGACUGGCUGUCCGAGCCUCCCCCAGUGGCGCCCAUGUUUCUCGGGACUCGGGUCUUUGAAGACUAUGACCUGCAGAAGCUGGUGGACUACAUUGACUGGAAGCCUUUCUUUGAUGUGUGGCAGCUCCGGGGCAAGUACCCGAACCGAGGCUUUCCCAAGAUAUUUAACGACAAGACCGUAGGCGAAGAGGCCAGAAAAGUCUAUGAGGAUGCCCAGAACAUGCUGAGAGCCCUGAUUAGAGAGAAGAAGCUGCAGGCCAGGGGCGUGGUUGGGUUCUGGCCGGCGCAGAGCGUCCAGGACGACAUCCACCUGUACGCAGCGGGCUCCGACCCCCGGGCUACGCAGCCCGUAGCCACCUUUUAUGGGCUGAGGCAACAGGCCGAGAAGGACUCCGCCGGCCCAGAGCCGCACCUCUGCCUCUCGGACUUCGUUGCCCCGCUGCACUCGGGCCUCCGGGACUACCUGGGCCUGUUUGCUGUCGCCUGCUUCGGGGUGGAGGAGCUGAGCCGGGCCUACGAGGAGCAGUGUGACGACUACAGCAGCAUCAUGGCCAAGGCGCUGGGGGACCGGCUGGCAGAGGCCUUUGCAGAGGAGCUGCACGAGAGGGUCCGCCGAGAACUGUGGGCCUACAGCGUCGAGGAACAGCUGGACGUCACCGACCUGCGGAGGCUGCGCUUCAGGGGCAUCCGCCCGGCGCCCGGCUACCCCAGCCAGCCCGACCACACCGAGAAACUCACCAUGUGGAGGCUCGCGGACAUUGAGCGGAACACAGGUAUUCGGUUAACGGAGUCGCUGGCGAUGGCACCGGCUUCCGCCGUGUGCGGCCUCUACUUCUCCAACGUGAACUCCAAGUAUUUUGCUGUGGGGAAGAUUUCCAAGGAUCAGGUUGAGGAUUACGCUCUGAGGAAGAACAUGUCUGUGGCCAAGGUCGAGAAGUGGCUUGGACCCAUUUUGGGAUAUGAUACAGACUAACUCCUUGGUUUUUACCUUUUCUAUACAUCAGGGCGGCCCCCCCAAAAAGGUUGGGGGCCGCUGCUGUACUUGAUCCUCAGGGAAAUGUAGUCCAGAGUGCCUUAAAAAAACAGCAGCACGCAAGCCUGUCUGCAGCUGGGCAGGGCCUGUGCUGCUUUGUGCUUUGUAAAACUGCCCGGUGAACCCUGAGGGCGGGGCCCUCCUUGGCCCCUGGCAGACCAGCCGCGGUUUGUCAGGCCCAUGGCGGGCAGCGGGCGGAGAUCCGGCCAUGGCCGGUGGCUGGAUCCCAGGGACACGCUGGAGAUGGAGGUCUUGUGCAUUUCAAAGCAUUCGCCAUGCUGCUUUCAUUUUUACGUUGGGCCUAGAAGGACACUUUUUUUACUCUCGCUCUUAGAAAAAAGGCUGAAGUUCAGUUGAAAAGAGCUUGUGACGCAGUGGCAAAAGGACACUGUGAGGAGAAACAGUGCGGUUGAAUCCAGCGGUCACCACAGUAGACUCUGACAGGGAAGAAAGGAUAACGGCUCUGCUUCGGGGAGACCUCGUCUUCUAAAGGCUCGUUCAGAGGGCGGCAGGGCCCCUUUGGCAAGCAGCAGGCUGCAGCCGCUGGCUUGUCGGGCUCCAGCCGUUUGUGCGAGUGUGGUCAAAU